GAAAUAUCCCAGAGAAAAGUGGGCGAGCUGGAAAACAAAAAAAAAAAUCGGCGCAUACGCAGAUUGAGCGCAGUUUAAACGUGACGUCAUGGGGGCGAAAAUGGCCGCAGUUAAGUAAGAAGGACUGAGAAAAUUACUAGUGGCAAUUUCUAAAUUGCAUCGCGGAUUAGGGGCGAAGUAAAUGUAGCGGUUAAGGACAUCCAGGAGAGGACUAUCCGCUCUACAGAUUCUAAAAUGGAUCGUGAAGGGGAAGAAUGUUUUAAUUUUACCUUUAUGGACUGUGUAUUGGACACCUUUCCAGAUGAUUUGGAAUAUCAGCAAAUCCUUGAUGAAAUUGAUGAGAAAUUGAAGGAUAAUGCUUUAUGCAUGGAAGAAAGUUUGCAGAAUUUUAAAGUGGAAAUCAAUGAAAUGUGUGGUAGUGAGGUGUUAAAGAACAAUAAUGACUGCCUCUUUUGGCUUAAUAAUUACCACACCAGCCAUCUUAAACCACCAGAAGCACCCCACUGUGAAGUCCUAGGAUUCCUUAAAGCUUUGCAACAUUUCCUGAAAAACAAUGAAAACCAAGAAGAUUUAAUACUUCACUUUCUCUUGGAACUCAACACUGAGUGCAGAGUAUCCUUCCCAUUUUAUCCCAGUGGAGGCUCAUCUCAUUGCAUCUCCCAAACCUCUUUACAUGCUGUUGAUGAUGAUUUCCCCAUGGACAUGCAAACAGCUUGGGAUGAUGUAAGGCUGCAUUUGCGACGUUAUCUGGUGGGAAAAUUACAAAACUGUAACAACUUUAACUCAGAAUCCAGUAUUCAAGUGAAAACACAGUGCUUGCAACAGUUUUUGUUUCUUUAUCCUGAAAAAGAUGUCCUAACAAAAUACCAGAAUAUUCAGCAGACUCUGGUGGUUACUUUUCUGCAUUUUGGGGACAGAAGAGUUGAAACCGCACUUAAUAUUUACCAGGAUGCUGUUCCCAAAGUCAUCUCGGUGAUUAAAGAUGACUUACAUGUGUUAAGAAAUAUUGUAGAUACUCCUUUAAUAAUUAAAUUCAUUAAAGAAACUUUUUUUGAAGCUAUCACUGAGGAAAUGCAAGCAUUCGUUGAUGUACUUUCUGAAAACACAACAGAACAAAGUUACUUAAACCCAAUAAAAACAGUUAAGGGCAAACAAAAGCCAAAAAUGUGCUCUUCUGUUUCCACUCCUGUGAAUCAUCAAAGAAAACAAACUGGUUUAUAUAUAUCUUUAGAUAAACUGAAAUCAUUGGCCGAUUUUACCAGACUUUUUUUGUCGCUCGAAGAACAAGUAGAAAAAGCUGCCUCUGCAAUAUUAUUCUUCAAAUGUUCUGAAGUAAAAGGAAAUAUAGACGAAAAUUUGAAGAAAGAUUGGGGUGUAGGUAGAUCAAAUGAAGCCCUCAUGCUGGAUGAGAGUUUGCUGCAUACGACAGAUAUGCCUACCUUUAAAUUUGGCUGGAAAAAUAUUCUGAAUUCAUUAGUUCAUCCUUUGCUACAAUGCUUACCUGCUGAAUUGGAAAACAUUGCUGUUAAAAUUCUUCAACAAGAAACUGAAGAGUAUUCAUCUGUUGACGGCAUACAGAUUAACCUAGUUAGGGUUAAUACAUCAUGCAAUUACUAUGGGGCAACUGCAGAGAAGCAGAAACCAAAGAAGGUUGCGAAGUUUUGUUUCAACAUUAUCAAAGAAUUUGACUCCAUACUUCCACUGGCUCUGGCAUGCCAGGAUGUCGCUCUUCUAGAUGUAAGAGCUUGCUUUUUAGAGACAUUUAGCAAAGUGGCUGCAUUGAUCCUAGCAAAGCUGGAAGAACACCACAAACAAUUUCCAUGCAAAGCUCCAUUACAAUCCAUGUAUGCUACUCUCUCUACUGCUAUUUACGUCCUCCAUCAUUUAAACUACUAUUAUGAUCAAAUGAGCAAGAAAUCUUUGUUUCUAGUAACAGUUCAACGAUACCAGGAAUUCAUAAAUAACCUCCAAACAGAAGUUAUACAUUACUGCAUCAGUGCUUGUUCAACAAGUAUUUUCCAAGAUGCGGAGAGUCAUAAUUGGGAUGACAACAAAGAGUUUUAUGAGGGAGAACGCUGCUCAUUUUCUGUUCAGAUGUGGCAUUACUUUUGCUGUGGACUUCGGCAUGAUCUAUGGACUAUACUGCCCCCGUGUCUUGCUCAAGACAUACUCCGAGAAAUAGUAGAACAAACAUUGGCUUUGCUGACAUUCAGAUAUUCCCAGGCUCAUCCUAAUUAUAAACGAGUAUCUCAAUUAAGAGUUGAUAUAAUGGCAAUUUUUUCAUGCGUUGAAAAUAUGCUCUGGUCAGUCUGCAGCUCAUCUGAAGAUCUUUUGAGGCCAAGACAGCAGGCCAAUGAUAUCUUCAAUAUACACAGUCAUUGUAAUAGCUUACUUCCUGUAAUGGCUGUCUUAUCCACACCUUUGGAGACAUUGCAUAAAAUCAUCACAAAAGAAUUCAGUGGAUUCCCAACAAGUCCUCCAAAGCAAUCACUUUCAACUCCACUGGGGUGGAUUGUUUAUUUUAAACCAGAAUUAUUCCAGUUUUCAUCUAAAACUCCAUCAGCAGUGGAAAUGGCAGUGCAGGGUCAACUGAAACUGCUCUUAUCCCAACCAUGCUGUAAUUGGAACUUGCUUUUGAAAACACUGUUGCAUUCUGAAUGUCUGGUUGCAAAGACUUUGCUUACUUGUUCAAUACACGAGAUGGCAAAACGCAAUCAUGAAUAUUCAGAAAGUAACCCAUGUCUGGUCAACAUCAUCCUUACAGUGUUUGCCUACUGCACGUUAACACCUACAUUGUUGAGUAUUGUUGUGGAAAGUUACAUGAAUCAAGAGAAACUUUGGGAUUUCUUGUGCUCCAUUACAGCCUGCAGAGCAUCUGUGGCCCAUGUGAUUGGAUAUUUGAAAAAUACCCUGAAGAAAUCUGUGCUAGGUAUAGUGAAGCAAGUGACCUCAUUUGUUGUUUCAAGGGAGCCCAUAGAAUGUCCUAACUCCUGUAUGUAUAAGUACAGUAUUCCUGAAACUUUGCUUGAUGUUGUCCCCGAAAAAUGGAAGUUUACAGCAAAGAAAACAAAAAUGAAAGCUUCAGAGAAAGGUCCUUUGAAACUGAUUGCUGAAGCACUAUCUAUUGUAAUCAGGAAACUACCUUCCGUAAUUGCAUGUGUGCCUUCCCCAAUAAAGUACUUCUAUUCACUGGCUGAGAGAAAAGUAUCAAAGCAAUAUUCGGAAUCCGUAAAGACUGGAAUACUUGUUUGGAACCUGAUUGAUAUUAUCUGUGAAAUACUACAUGAUGGAAACACAAUAGAAAAUUCAACUGGUCACAUAUUAUCAAGGUGGUGUAAGGAAAAUCUGACUGCAGUUAGUGAUUGUUUGCAAAGAAUCGCAGGAAAUAAAACAGAGCAUAACAAAGAAGCAACACAAAAGGUUUUUGACAUCAUUGAGGAAAAGACACCAAAAUGGAUUGAAAACCAGUUCCUUAAAGCCAAAAGUUUAAGCAUCAACAGUGGCUCUGCAAUGCAAGAAGACAGCUCAGUAUUAAAAGACCAAGACAGCGAGCUUGAAUUGACUGAGCAGAGAAUAAACAUGAUGGUCCUGGAUAUCUGCCACAAACCAGGUGGCAGCAAGUACCUGAGGCAAAUUUAUCACAUCAUCCAGCUCAAUGAGGAGUAUCUGAACGCAGAGUUCACUACACAGGAACCUGAUGAGAUCUCAUCACAGUCCAGACAUUUCCAGUUGACCUUGACUAGUGGAGAAGACCAGCUUUCAAAGUUCAACCCUCUGCACAGUUUUACUCUGCCUGCAUCAGGUGCUCUAAGUGAGCACACUCCUAUUGAUUGGCCUUCAUUGGUAUCAUGCUGUUUCUCUGUGCAUCCACUGACCUUCCAGGCAUUGCUAGAGAAGAGAUCUGCACUUAAGGGCACGCAAACUAGUGAAGCUCAAACAACGGCAAAGAAAAUUUUGAAGGAAUCAUUAAUCAGUAUGUGAGUUACAGAUGUGGUGACUUCUCUACAACUGCCAACAGCCUGUGAAUGUCACAUACAAAGCACGAGUUUGCAAGCCUUGGCAUUGAAAAACAUUAUAUAUGCUCUUUGUCAUGGCCAUCCUUGCAUAUUUAGAAUUACCUGUUAAAAUUGUGAGUGGAUUCAUAUUAAAUCGUUUUUCAUUUUUUAAAGUGACAACAUAUUCAAAUAAACUGUUUUAUUAGGCUGGUAAUGUAUGUUCUCAAAGAUUGGUGCAAAAAUAGUUAUAUUAAAAUGAACACUACAAUCUAAUAAAAUCAGUUGGCCUUAGAGAUGUUAAAAUUGCUAAUAAAGUCAAGUAAGAAAUCAUAAAA